AUGCUUCUGCACUGGACUACUACUCUAUUUGGCUUGGUCAAUAUACUGCCCGUGGUUUGGCCAGUUCAAGAGACAACAAAGACAUCUUCACUGCCGAAAAAGCCCAUCAUUUAUGAGGCUCCAGUGGACACAUUCUCUGCUGACGGGGUACUAGAAUUUACCUGUGCUGCUGAAGGACAUCCGAAACCCAGCAUCACAUGGUUCGAUGCUCUGACUGGACAAAAAGUGAUUGAUCGUGUGCCGUCCAGUGGAUCGACUACUGGGAUUCAUGUGAAUCAACAUUACGGUCGACUGAUGGUUUCCAAUCCGAUUCGGAACAAAAUUUACUCCUUCUAUUUAAAAGGAGGUUUGGCCUACUUGGAAACUGCUUUUCGACAAAACCCCAUCGAUAAGACAGUGCAUCAAGGUGAUCGCGUUCUGUUGGAAUGCGUUCCCCCAGUCGGUUUGCCGGAACCUAAGGUGGCCUGCAACGACGCUGUGCUUUCUCAUGCACGAUUCAUUGAACCGGGACAUUUACAAAUCUCGACAGCCUCUCUUGCGGAUUCCGGUGAGUAUGUGUGCGUGGCAGAAAAUGUGGCAAGUCGGAAACAAUCACCUCCCGCCAGAUUAUCGGUCAAACCUCGGGCUCGAUUUGUGGAAACCCCGACAGACAUACGAGUCGGAAAGGGUGAAAACGCAAAAUUUAAAUGUCGUGUAGAAGGCAAUCAAAUGGUCAAAUGGAGUCGUGGCCCCGGUGAGGGUCUCAUUGACCCCGGUCGAAUUGAACUUGCCGAUGGUUAUCUGUUGUUGAAAAAUGUCCAACUGUCUGAUGCUGGCGUGUAUGUGUGCACCGCUCCCGGCUCAAUCGCUGCCGAUGCUGUGCUGACCGUCGAGACUCCACCCACAUUUUCACGCACUCCGGAUGAUCUGACAGUGAUGGUGGGUCAAACAGCUCGCUUUUACUGCGUCACUACCGGCUAUCCAAGACCAUCCAUCUAUUGGGAAUUGCCGGAUAAAACUCCCAUUUUCCCAAGUGAGGACACAACCGGAUCGAGCACACACAACCGAUUCUAUUUGCACAAAGAAGGCCCGUUGGAGAUUCGUAAUGUUCAAGAAAGUGAUGCCGGAAAGUAUCAGUGUACUGCUCAUUCUUCCAUUGAUCGUGUGCAUUCCAGUGCAAUGCUGCAUGUUAUACCCAGGUCGAAGCUAUCAUCAGAAGACAGUGCGGAAGACUUAUCGAUAUUGGGUCGCAGUCGGGGAGGGAGUUCAUCCGGAACGAAUUCUCAUUUCCCAUACGAAUACUAUCCCAUCGCUCCAAUUAUUGGCCUGCCUCCAGUGAACCAAACUCGCCUUAUCGGUGAUUUGGUUAUUCUCGAUUGCGAGUUGGGUGCCACAAGACAUCCGAACAAUGGACCAAACGGGAACUCGAAUAUCCGUUCAAAUCAAGGCUCAGAUUGGACAGUCACGUGGCAACGUGCUACUUUGGCCACAGAAGGUAUAAGUGAGCAAUUGGAUUUUACUCGGUUUGUACAUGAACAACGCUACAGUCUGUUACCCGGUGGAAGUUUGCAAAUUUUUAACGCUCAACUACCAGACACAGGGGCCUAUACAUGUACUGCUCAAACUUGGGUUCAGCCGGAUCCAACUACACCGAAACAGUCGGCCAUUCUGUUACAGUCCAAUUGGACUGUUCAGUUGAAUGUAGUCCCUGUGGGAAGUGCCAUUCAUUCGGAUCAGGGACGUGAAAAUCCAUUGUCUCCACCACGAGAUCUCCGUGUGACCAACGUGACUGAGUCGACAAUCACACUGGCUUGGGAAUCAUCCAACUGGUUGGAGCCUUUGUCCAAUCCCAUGGAUCCGAAUAAUGAGGCUACCGCAACCGGGAACGGAAUGAUCACUUACUGGGUGGAAUUUUAUCGACCGGAUCGAGCCACAGAAGGUUGGCGUACGGUUGAACAAAACUGGCCGGCAAAUACCGUACAGAUUGGUGGACUGCAACCAAACACAGCCUACUAUUUCCUAAUUCGGCCGCGUUGGCGAUUUGGACGUGUUGGAUGGGCCAGUGCACCGUUGGGCCCUGUGUUCACAAAAUCCACACAACCGGUACAAAUGGGGCAAAGUCAGAUGAAUUUUCUGUCAGACAAAGAAUUACUUCAAGCUGUGCGAAAUGUGGAGAUCAAUCGCAUUUAUUUGCAUCCAAUUUCACCCAAACGAAUGCGUGUCAGUUGGACCGUUCACGCACGUCCCAAUGUGCUUCAAGCAAUCACGGGUUAUACAAUCUAUUAUCGAAAAAUCAAUCUGAUGCAGUGUGUCCCAGCUAGUUUGCAAACAGUGGAUGACCGCAUGAUUUCGACCGAUAUGAGUGAUUCUUAUUGUAGUUUACGACCUCUACCCGACGGGCAAUCGAUCGAUUUAUAUCGACAACUGCAAAACAUGCAACGAUUACGUCAUGAACUGUUACCAGCCCCAUCGGAGACGCGCAUGCAUUUGGAUGUGAAAGCCAGUUAUCCGUUGGAUGCAUCUGGUUCCGUAUCGACUGGACCAGUGACCUAUGAGGGUUCCGGUUUGUUACGCGAUCUGGAUCCGUUUCAAUGUUAUGAAGUGAGUGUGAAACCACACUCAACGGAUACGCUGUUUGGUCGGACUGAAGGACGAGAAAGUGUGACACAUACCGCACUGACAUUUGAAAACUUUCCAAGUCUUCCACCGGAACGUGUUUCUGCCCGCUGGAUCGGUCCAUACGAGCUGGCCUUGAGUUGGUCUCAUCCACCGGUUGCACAUUGGAACGGUCUACUCCGAGGUUAUACAAUAUAUGUUUAUGAUGAAUUAGCGCGGGAGCACCAGACGUUCAAUGUGUCAGCAACGGAACAGGCCACAGUUAUCAAGGGUCUUAGUGGACCAAAUGCCUAUCUCAUUCAAAUGGCUGCUAGUACGUGCAAAGGGGUUGGAUUGCGUAGUAAACCUUUACGCCUAGAUCCGAGUUUGCGUGGUCAAAUUGGAUUAGGUGUGGGCUGGGGUUUUGAUCCAAACACGGGUCUUCUCGUCUCAACUCCAGUGCCAAAUGAAACACAUUCGGACGAAGGUGGUGGCGGUGGACGACUCAUCCAUAAACCAUGGUUCAUCGGUACAAUGAUUAGCAGUUUGCUGUUGUGGUUUGCUUUGAUAGGCUUAAUCACAUUCUGUUGUCGUCGUCAACCAUAUGUGUUUCGUAAAACUACCGGUGGUGUCCUUAUUGCGAACACAUCCUCCCAUUGUGGAACCGGAUCGGGGAACGGAAUAAAUGGAAUGAAUAAUGGCGGAACAUUGAUGGACGGAUUGGGUACAACGCAUGCAAACGGUAAUACAACCGGACUGAACCGAUAUGGUAAAGAAAAGAAUUGUCCCCUACAAAUGGAACCGCUGAUUCAAAAACCGGCUCCGACAAAGACAACCGAAGCCACCGAGUUAGAUGGAAGCUCGACAAAUGCGGCUUACACACCUCAAAACCCUUUCCUCAGUUCUCCAGAAUCUUCCAUAGCCACGACCACUUACGGAGUGUAUUCACUCACGCACACAACUGACUUGCUACGAACCCAAUGGUCCGGAAGACCUACAGAGGUACAGAAUCGUGGGGCAAAUAUGGGAUACCCCCCUAUAAUGGAAGAGACGAAUGUUCCUUAUGCUACGGCGAACAACCCUAUGCAUGGUCAUGGGAAUGCUAUGAGAACCGACUCGUUGCCACCAAAUGUGCAAACAAAUCCAUUACUUUUCCAUCCGACCGGACAUCUUAUAAACUACCCUAUGGGCGUUUGUCCACCCCAGUCCACACCAGCUUAUCUCACAUACCAACCAGGCAUGGUUCCACUAUCCCAGUCCAUUUCCGAAUUUCCUAGUCCCGAGGUGAACAGGGAUCAGAAUUAUGGUGGCACUGCUCCCGUCCUGUCCCAGGGACCUGCAGUGCCGACAACCACAGGUCUCCCACCGAUUGCUCCGGUUGCACAAUUGGGUCAUGGUGGAGCACGAAUUUCACCACCAUCGGUCAUUGAGAGUGUGGAAUCGGGGGCGUCCGUAGCACCCUACGCUACUGCAUCGAUCAUCCAAAAUUCUAUGCUACCUGAUCGUAAUCGCACUUCUGCCGAUACCGCUGGCUUUCGAUCCGGUUUGACCACGACGAAUGGGAUGACCAAUGAAAACGUUUGCCAGAAUGACAAAGUUUCCUACAGUUCCGGGGAUAGUAAUCGUUCAUACUCGAACAAUUCGGAGGCCAGUCGUGCAAAUAUGACAUCACAUCGUGACAAUAUCCUGAUUUACGGUCGUGGAGAGGGUUAUACAAAUGGUGGUGGCUAUCCAACUCAAGAGAUGCGCGGAAGAGCUUCAACCCCGGGGAAAUCACCAAACCCUCUUCUUUCCUCCCGUACAAUAUCAUCCAAUCCAAGCAAAUCGGAGUCAAAUGCAUCGACCAGUACACGACUCAGUGGUGGACAAAGUGUUGGGGACCGUUCAGUUGUGUGGCCCAAUUCUCCCUCCAGUAUGGCUAAGGUCACCGGGAUAGAUAACACUGAGUUAUCCACCAGUGGUUACCGGCAGAAUAAUGAAGAUGUCUAUUCCUUAGCUGAUGACAGUGGCAUUCCACCUCCCCCAGCCUCUCCACCACCACCAGCUCCUAUCCAUGGCCGAGAGAAGCAUUUUGACCCCAACGAAUCCUAUUCGGCUUCGCGUAACCCUAUACAGGACGAAGCAAACCAGUCCAUCUACGAUAUGAAUGCGGAAACGAGUGAAGAUGACAUACCCAUGACCACAGGUUCCAAAAUACCUACAUCUUCCUAUAUUGGAUUGCAAAAUCAACCUCGACCAAAUGGUCCACACAGACAUUCUGGCGGAAAACGAACAAGACGUGGCAAGAACGGGGAGGAAAGCGCAAAUAUGACCGGGUUUUGUGUGAUCCGACCACCGGAAGAGCAACAAAACACUACAUACGCUCAGGUGUAUUAG